AACUAGCAAACACAAACCACACGCGCGCAGUUGUGUCACAAAGAAAUCAAACAAAACAACCAAAACCCAAAAAAAAAAAAAAAAAUCAAAUCAAAUGGUUCCGACAAGUUCGAUCUGAGUCUAGUCUCUGACUAUGUUUAAUUUCAAUACUGAACAACAACAACAACAAGUGUUCGUUCGUUGCCUACACUAUUGAUUCACAGUAAUAAUAGCAGUAAAAAAAAAACAUGAAUAGCAGUGGUGGCAGUAACGGAGGGAUGAUGAUGGGUUUCAGUAGUAAUAAGUCACCUUUCACAGUUUCUCAGUGGCAGGAACUUGAACAUCAAGCUUUGAUCUUUAAGUAUAUGGUUGCUGGUCUUCCUGUUCCACCUGAUCUUGUUCUUCCUAUUCAAAGAAGUUUUGACUCUAUUUCUCAUAAUUUCUUUCAUCAUCCUACUUUGAGUUAUUGUUCCUUUUAUGGGAAGAAGGUGGACCCGGAGCCGGGACGAUGUAGGAGGACUGACGGAAAAAAGUGGAGGUGCUCAAAGGAAGCAUACCCGGACUCCAAGUACUGUGAGCGCCACAUGCACCGUGGCCGCAACCGUUCAAGAAAGCCUGUGGAAUCACAAACUAUGGCACAGUCGUCAUCCACUGUGACAUCACUGACUGCCACUGGUGGCAGCAGCAGCAGCCGAGCUGGAGAUUUCCAGAUCCUUCCUGCAAAUAAUGCCUUUGGCAGUCUUCAAAAUACUGCCGCUUCUGGAACCGACCGUGCCGAUUAUCAUCUUGAUACCAUUCCCUAUGGGAUUCCAAGUAAAGAAUACAGGUAUCUUCAAGGUCUUAAAUCUGAGGGUGGAGAACAUAGCUUCUUUGCUGAAGCAUCAGGAGGCAACAAGGGUCUCCAAAUGGAGUCACAGCUGGAAAACACAUGGUCGUUGAUGUCAACAAGAGUUUCCUCCUUUUCCGCAUCAAAAUCAAGUAAUAAUUCCAUGUUGCAGAAUAGUUAUCCUCAGCAUUCAUUUUUAUCUAAUGAAUAUGCAUCUGGAGAAGCUGUGAAGGAAGAGGGCCAGCCUCUUCGACCCUUUUUCAAUGAAUGGCCUAAGAGCCGGGAUUCAUGGUCCGGUUUGGAAGACGAGAGAUCCAACCAAACAGCCUUCUCCACAACUCAACUCUCAAUAUCCAUUCCUAUGUCAUCUUCCGACUUCUCUGCCACGAGCUCUCAAUCGCCGCACGAUAACUAGAGCAGCUGUACAAGAUCUACGAAGCAAUUUUAUGGAAGGACGAAACAAGUCUAGUCAGAUCGGAUAAGUGUGGUCCAGUGAAAUCCUGCGUUCGUGUAUUUUCUUUCGUUGAAGCUGAUUUGUGUACAACUUUAUGUAAUAUCAGAGGUUUGUUGUAAGCAAGACCAACGUCUACUCAUCUAGUGUGUGGAGUGGAUAUUUGCAGAACUCCGGGACAUUCUUCGUCUUGUAUCGAAUGAACGAUCAUAAAUAUUUUCGUUCUGAAUCAAUGUAUGCUGAAUAAAGUUACUGGUUUUGUUCUUGAAUAUUUAAUGAACCCCUUUGAAGUUUGUUUUGCAA